AUGAAAGGACGCAUUAAUUUAGCAAAAGAAGAAAGGAAAUCUAAGUACACCAAAUCAGCGCAGUUGUCCUCACUUCUACCCAAUUACCUUUCAACGUUAAUUUCAUCUAUCCUAUACGAAGUAGAAGGAGAUGCCCCCCGCAAGCCCGGCAAGAAGGGGACCAUCAGCUAUACAGAAGAAGAAGAAGAAUCAACGAUGCCGAAACCUAGCGAACCGUCCGAUGACCAGCUGGAGAAUUUUAAAAAAGGAUGCCCGAAGGCGAAAGUGAUCACGAUGUCGAACGGGGCACCAAUUCAUGACAAAAACAAUUCUCUCACGGUUGGACCACGCGGCCCUUUGCUAAUGCAAGAUGUAGUUUUUAUGGAUGAAAUGGCUCACUUUGAUAGGGAACGUAUCCCGGAGCGAGUUCAUUUUUCAGGUGGUGAAGCCGGUUCAGCCGAUACUGCUCGUGAUCCACGUGGGUUUGCUGUAAAAUUCUAUACAGAGGAAGGAAACUGGGAUUUGGUAGGUUUUUCUUUGGAGUUUAUCUCUAUAAUGGUGAUGUUUCUGAUGUCGGAUCGUGGUACUCCCGACGGCUUCCGUCACAUGAAUGGCUAUGGGUCACAUACAUUUAAAAUGGUUAAUGCUGAUGGAAAAGCAGUAUACUGCAAAUUCCACUUUAAGGUAAUUCGACAUUCAGUUAACCCCUUGUCAAAACAGCUGUCUACAAUUUAUUAU